UAACCCAACGCAUUAGCAUGGUCCUCUGAGUUCAAUUUGUUAUUUCGUAAACAGCACCCGGAAAUGCGGGGCUCGGUCGCGUUGUUGCUGCUUGCCGGCCUAGCCCUUUGUGCAAAUGCGCAGAAUGCUAUACGGGGCCUGAACCCGGACCUAGCGGCCCACUACUCAGGGGCUGGGGGCAAGUUCACAUGCAUUUCCGGGGGCAAGACUAUUCCCUUCAAACAAGUCAAUGACGACUACUGCGAUUGCGCCGAUGGCAGCGACGAGCCUGGCACUGCCGCGUGCCAUAAUGGACGGUUCUACUGCCGUAACCUGGGACACGAGCCCAAGCUGCUCGCGGCGGCCUUCGUGGACGACGGCGUCUGCGAUUGCUGCGACGGUUCCGACGAGGUGAAGGGCAAGUGCAGUAACACUUGCCUGCAAGCCAGCGCGGCGCACCGGGAGUCGCUGAAGAGCAACAUUGCGCAGUAUGAGCAGGCGCUGGCCACCAAGGCCGACUUCAUUAGCCAGGCGCGCGCCUUCAAGCAGAAGCUGCAGACAAAGGCGGCGACUAUCGACCAGGACUACGCUGCGGCGCAGGCGGAGGUGGAGCGGUUGAAGGCCGAGGUUAGCCGCCUGGAGGCCGAGGAGUCGGUGCAGCGGGCAGCGGAGGAGGCCCAGCGUGCUGCGGACCAGGCAGCGCAGGAGCAGGCGGCAGCAGCUGCUGCUGAGCACCAGGAGCUCAAUGCCGGGUCGGAUGGGCACGCUGAGCGUACCCUGCAGGAAGAGGGCCAACAGGCGUCUGAGGAGCGGGAGGAGACCCCGGAGGAGAGGGGACGUCGAAUCGCUUCGCAGUGGACUAACGAUCCUGAGGCCGCGGGCGUCCCGAGCUCCCAGGAGCAUGUGAACGAGGGCCAGGGUGAGGGCGAGGAGCAUGAGCACCACGGCGACUACUCCCACCAGGACCAGCACGACCACGAGGACGGCGACGGCGAGUACCACGAGCCCCGCCCAGACCGGGACGAGCAGGAGGCGCUGUCGGAGUGGGAAGACUUCAUGGUGUUUGUCGGCAUUGUCCAGGAGUGGGGAGCGCGCUGGUGGCAUACCCUCAAGACCGUUUUCCAAAAGGGGAUCAGGGACGAAGUGCUGGCCCACCGCGAGCGCCAGCGCCAGCGCGUGCAGGAGGCGUCAUCCAACCAGGGCAACCAGGAAACUCGCGGACGCCGUCGGCAGCGUCAGGCCCGUGCAGUGGACAGCCCUACCCCAAAGCCGGCCCGCCGUCAGCGCUCUAGGCCCGCUACCGCGUCCUCGCAGCCGGCAGCCGCCCGAAUUGCAGACGCCUCCACGCCGCUGGGCGAGGUGCGCGCCAAGCUGUACGACGCCGAGGCCACGCUGCGCGAGGCGGAGCGCGACAAGGAGCGCAUCGCCACCUACCUGUACGGCAACCUGGACUUCGGCCCGGAGGACAUUUUCCUGGCGCUGGCCGAUCAGUGCUUCACCAGCAGCCAGACGCGCUGGACCUACGAGGCGUGCAUCUUCAAGCACGCGGUGCAGCGCGAGGGCUACAGCAACAGCGUCACCGUGGGCCGCUGGUCGGGCUUCUCGUCCGACUACAAGACCAUGUUGUUCACGGGCGGCGACGAGUGCUGGAACGUGGGCCCGCGCUCGUUCACGGUGGCCAUGUCGUGCGGCAACGAGAACGUGCUGAGCGACGGCGAGGAGCCCGCCACCUGCGCCUACAGCGCCAAGUUCACCAGCCCAGCGCUGUGCAACGACGAGGAGCUGAUCGGCUUGCGCAACCAGCUGGCCAACCUAGAGGCGUUUGAGCGCGAGGUGGCGGAGAAGAUUGCAAAGGACGAGUUGUAGGCGGGCUGUAGUGGCGGCUGGUGCUCCUUAGUGGUGGUUGUGGUGUUCUGGGUAUCCUGGAACCCGGCUUAGAGUCUAGAAGCUUGAUGCAGUAGCUUGCGGUGUUGGGUGGAUAACAAGGGGGGUGGGCACAUAGGGAGAGCGAUGGACAGACGCAAAGCGAGCGCAGACCCACAACGGGCCGUAGGUGUAGCGAGAGGCGAGGAGAGGCUGCACGUACAUAGCGAGGCCAGACAAGAACUUGUACCCGCUACAGCACAUGUAGGCUGUGGGCAUGUGUAAAAACUGUCGGCAGCAAUGUGUAAAGCAUGCGUGUU